GGGAGUAAGGACUUCAUGGGAUGGGACAUAUGCUGUGUAGUUUGUUAUUUUUUUAUACCUCUGAAGGGACUUAUUUAUUUUGUACUUCAGGGUCAUGUUCGUGCAAGAACUGAAAUAGUUCCUGAUCAGAGGGAAAGAUAUUUACAGAAGUUCCAGCAAGUGCAACAAGGGCAAAGUGCCCUUCUUAAUAUGCCAUCCUAUGCUGGAGGAAAUCACAAGCAGUUUUCUGCUCAACAACAAAAUCCUCUCUUACAGCAGUUCAAUUCUCAAGGCUCAUCUGUUGCUUCUCAAUCUGGUAUGGGACUUGGAGUCCAGUCUUCAGGUCUUAGUGGUAUUUCUUCCACCUCAGUACCACAGCCACCCAUUUCGGUCCAUUCCCCAUCUAGCCAACAAUCACUGCUGUCAGUUGUUUCUAAAGAUCCAGAUGUUGGCAAUUCUAUGGUUGACGAGUCACAGCAACAGAUUUUUCCUGAUGAUUCGGGGACUGAAUCUACUGGUACUGGAAUUAGCAAGAAUUUUAUGAACGAAGAUGAACUGAAAUCCACAUAUGCUAUAAUAGACUCUCCGGCAGGAGUACCUGGCUCUCUUCCAGAGCCUGUUCAGAUUUCUAGGGGUAUUGAUUUGUCUCCCGGCCAACCUUUACAAUCAAAUCAGCGUACUGGUAACCUUGGUGUUAUAGGAAGAAAUUCUACUGACCUUGGACUUGUUGGUGACAACUUUAGUGCAUUCACUGCUAAUUCUGGUGGAGUUCGUGAUCAGUUAUAUAAUUUACAGAUGCUUGAGGCAGCUCACCUCAAACUUCCGCAACCUAAGGACUCAGAACGUCCCAGGACCUACACUCCUUUUCCAUUUUUUCCGGUUAUGCAGAAACAUCCUACGAUAACUCCUCCUAGUUUUCCUCAAGUUCAGGCACCAAUUGUUAAUAAUCCAGCCUUUUGGGAGAGAGUGGGUCUAGAACCAUACGGUACUGAUACCCUGUUCUUUGCAUUUUACUAUCAACAGAAUACUUACCAACAAUAUAUGGCUGCAAAAGAGCUAAAGAAACAGUCUUGGAGAUAUCACCGCAAGUAUAACACAUGGUUUCAACGGCACGAAGAGCCAAAAGUUGCAACAGAUGAAUAUGAGCAAGGAACAUACGUGUACUUUGAUUUCCAUAUAGCAAAUGAUGACAUGCAACAUGGGUGGUAA